UACGUAAUGCGUUGCCGUGCCAACCGCGUGAAGCUACCGCGCAGCUUUUUUCGUUAUAUAACAACUGUAAGGUAUAAUUAAUAGUUCAUGUUUGGGACAAGUCUUAUUCUUUUUAACAGAGGCUUUACCUUAUUCAGUAUCCGAUUGUCAAAAUUUACGAUGUCUGAGAAAAAGCACAAAUUGAGUGAAAAGGAUGGACCAGUUAAAAAAGCCAAGCUUGAUGAAACUGUCCAGAAUGAUUCUGAUUUAGUUGAAAAUAUAAAAAAAUCCAGAUUAUCAUGUGCUGCAUCCAUACGAGAUUUUAAAUUUAACAAGAAGCGAGUGAGGGUAUUAACUACUGCUAAAGACAUCCCAGAAGAGGCUAAAUGUAUCGUUUAUUGGAUGUCUCGUGAUCAACGUGUUCAGGGUAAUCCAUUUUAUGAUUAUUAUAUACUUUUGUAUAAUUUUCUGAAGGAUAAUUGUAUUAUUUUCAUAUUUCUGAAUCAAUCAGAGCUACUAAGUAGCUGUAGUUUAUUUUAAUAAUCUCACUCUAUAUUAUAAUACAGUGUUAU